AUGCCGUCAGCAACUCCUCAGGUCUCUCUAAGUUUGGUACCUUGGAACCCAGACUCUCCAGAGCACGUCAGUCGCCUCUACGAGCAACGAGUCCAAUGUGGAUGGGACAAGCAACGAGUUGAAGGAUGGAGAAAGAAUCAAGCCUCUGGUAGCAAGUCCAUCUUUUGGAUUACACUCCGGCCAGAAGACCCCGAGACUCGCGAAUUGCUUCAGCUUCAUUUUGACUCGUUCCCUGCGGGCAAAACCCCAUUGAUAGACACAGCCGAAAGUCUCAGAGCAAAGCCCCGUACACCAACAAACACAAAGAUUUACCCCAUCGGCCACAUCUCUCUGGACGACAGGGACGAGAAAUCAGCCCACAUGACCCUCGACCUCCCCAAAGAAGGCGUCUAUUGGAUCAACACCUUCUACGUCUCCAAAGCACUCCGCAGUAAGGGUAUUGGACGAGCCGCGAUGGACAUGGUUGAGCACAUGGCAAUUGACUAUCCACUCUGUGCCAAGACUCUGGCUCUUCAUACUGCCGAGAAGGAGAUGCAGAAGAGGCUCUACCGAGAAGCCAAUGGGAAAGAAAUCGGUACUGCGAACCAGGAUUGGUAUGAGCGUCGAGGAUAUAGGCUGAUACAUACGCAGAGAGCUCAUUAUGUCGAUGACGAGGAGCCUCCGGUUGAUGCUGUGUUCUUGCGAAGGGAUAUUGCAUAA